UUAUGGUUAGAAAUACAUGAGAGUGGUGUGUAUUAUAGAUAAGAAAUAGCAUAUAAUUACAUGACUUUAUACUAAAAUCAGCAUUCAUUUUUAUGGGCAUGGUGAAAAAAACAGAGCUCAUUAUUAGGAGUGUGCUUAUAGUCAAAUACUGUAAGUUGGAGCACUGAACUGUAACAAAUUAGCUGUAGACUAUAUUUAAUAAAUCUGUACUACUGAAGGAGGACAUGGCUCUUCACACAGCAGAAGGAGGGCGCUCUCACUCCAAACAAACAGGACUUAGAAUCUCCGGAAAAUAGUAUGGAUUUUUAUAUUGGUGAUUGUUCCACCAACUCAUUUUUUUUUUGCUGGUACAUUUGUUACUGAAACCUGGAGGCUAUUUAUCGCGAGGAGGAGGAGACCGGGGGCAGAUGGGAGGGAUCACCAGGAGGGUGACCCAGUUCACCCUGCAGACCAAACCGGAGGACCGCCUGCUGAUCGACCAAAGGAUGAAAUCAGUGAAACAUCUGACAGACCAAACUACAACUGGUGUUCCCAGAUUUUCCUCACAUCCAGUUGUGCUUCCUCUCCCGGUGUAAAACAGCAGACUCAAGAGUGUGUGUGAGCGUGUGUGUGUGUGUGUGUGUGGGGGAGAGAGAGGAAGGAAGAGGGAGGGAUUGAAAGAGGAAAGUGGAAAGGAGCAGGACUUUUAGUUGUCUAAGCAUAUGGAUAUCUGGCUGCGGAGAGAGGAAGAAGAAGAAGAAGAAUUUGGAUCUAUGGAAAAUUACCUGAUACCAGAGGAAAAGACCGAAAAAGCUCAGUAGAAGAAGUGUGGAGGACAGGAAGGAGGGAAACGACAGGAGGAGAAAGUUACAUUUUCUAACGGGACAGGAAGACUGACCAGCAGGAAUGUUGCCGGUGAGUUUCCAUUAAUACAAUACACCAAACUUAAUAUACUUAAUAGACAAUGUAUCGUCUUGGCUGACGUAAUCACUGCUAAAGGACUUCAAAGCUGGCUAACGUGACAGUUAGUGAGGGCUUCACCAUUAGAGUCAAACACGGUGAACUAAACGGCAAGCUUACGUUGUCCCUUUACUUAAUGUCAAUUUAGAUUUUGAAAUGUUCUUUAUGAACACGUUUUAUACACUUUCUCCAGCUACAAUAAAAAUAAAAUAAAACGAUUUCUCAAAUUAACGGACAGGAACGUAGGGCGCGUGAAACGUUUUCCGAAAGAAUGAUUUUUUUAUUGCACGUGAGUGAAGACAAGAAGCUUUACGGUACUGUGCAUUAAAUGACGAGAGAAGCAGACGUUUCACCGCCAUUAAAACACCGUGAUAUAUUCAGUGUCUGAGCGCUCUGAGCGGCACCAAUUCACCACAUUUAAACAAAUCAGAACCGGAAGUUGUGCGCUCAACUCUGCAGGGUUUAGGAAGUAUUGGAGUUUUUCGUUUUAAGGCUACUUUCAAUGGGCAAUGGAGGAAGCCAUGUGGUUUUAGGUACUUAAAUAUGUAGCAAUCGGCAAAAUCCAAAUCUGUGCCACAGUUUUAAGAUAAAUGUCCUAAACUUUGAAACUGCUAGAUACCCUGCAAAAUAUGUCUGUAUGUUUUGUAGCAUAUAUAUAUAUAUAUAUAUAGACUACCUUACAUACUCUCCAUAUAUUGUUUCUGGCGAUGUGUAAAUGCAUUUGUGGUUUUCACUUGCGUUGCAUUACUCCGAAGAGGAUACUGUCACGUUUAUCAAUGAGGCUUUUAUUUUGAAGGCUCCAAUGAGAAGUCUUACUUUUCUUUUGGCUGUCUUGACACAGUGGUGUGUUUGUAUGUGUGUGUGUGUGUGUGUGUGUCUGUGUGUGUGUGUAGUGCAAUUGCUCAUCCACAAUUGGUCGAAACAUUUUUAUAUUUAGGUCUCGAGUGAUGUAAUUGCAUAUAUACAUAAACAUAGAAAUGCUUUCUUGCACUACUACUCAGCCCAAAUACUGAAGGCCCUUAAACAAUAUUGAAAUGGCACGUGCGUGAGUUUUAAUGACGUUUUCAAAUAGUUUUAAAGAGGUUUUAUUGAUGCAGGAUACCUUCCUGGUGAGUAGAAUACGUUAGAUCUGUAAUGUACAUAGAGGCUAAAGUUUGCAAAUUGUAGCAGUUUAUUGUUAAGAAAUUUGCGAACCAACUGUAAAAUUAGUAAACCAUCAGUAUUCCUGCUUCCAUCCUCGCUCCCUCUUUCUCUCUCACACACACACAUACACACACACUGAAAACACCACAGUGCUUUGUGGCUGGUUCGGGCUGCUGUCAGCUUCGGACAAUACACUGAAGAUAUAGAGAUGUGUUUACUGCAGAGAGAGAGAGAGAGAGAACCCUUCUACCUUGACCUUUGACCUCACCCUGAAUGUUCUUCCUGGUUCUUUUCAUCCUUUUUUCCCAAAGUUCAGGGAGUUUUAGCUUCUACCAUAGUGUCCACCAUAGUUUUGUGACAUUCAGCUCUGACUUCCCUUGUGGAGGUAUUUGCCUGAAGCCGCUAUCAUCAAGUUCACUUCAUUAUUCAGACUGCUUGGAAAACUGUAUCGGCUCCUAAAGCACUUUACGUACGUCUCUCAUCUCCGCUUUUGCCUUCACUUCUGCAAACACGGGGUCGCUCCCAUGAUGGAUACAGCAAUGUAUCGCAUUUUAUUUAGUCUAAUACUUUGAAUUAUGACCAAAUAGCUGAUAAGUUAAUGAUAUGACUGGCAACCUCACUUUUAUGUUUAAUGCUAAUUAUCAAACGUUAGCAUGCUAACGCACAAAACGGUGAGCGACAUUAUUCCCUCCUAAACAUCAGCAUGUUGGCAUUGUCACUUGGAGUGUGUUAGCAUGCGGGUGUUAGCAUUUAGCUCAAAGCAGUGCUGUGCUUGUGUUAACAAAUGUGUCGCUAACAAGUUUUGCCUCAUCGCAUUUUAAAUUUUAAAUUUUACAAUUUAUGUGGCAGCUGCUACAAUUAGCCAUUCUCCAUUUUUAGCAAAGAUGUCAACGCUAUAUAGCAUUAUGCUAAAUGUUAGAACUAAGUACAAAGAAAGUACAGUACAUCCCACGGUGUUAGCAUGGAGCCGACAGCGGACGUUUUGAUGGUUUGGUGGUCUGUUGUUACCAUGUUAUAUAUCGAAAGGAAAAGUUUUAAGCUAACUGAAAAUGUUGCACAAAUUAAUUGAUAUAACCGCCCAUGCGUUUUAGUUCAUGUCAGUGUAUGUGAGCGUGCCCCACCGGGUGUUUGCGCUGUUCAUGCUGUUAGCAUUGUUAGCUGCUAGCUGCCGGCUCGGCUUUCUCCAUGUUGAGAGCCGAGUGGAGGCAAUUAACACGCUCUGAACUUUGUAUAGGGCUUGUUUUAAGUGUGUUGUUCCUUUGCAGGGUUUAACACAUUUAUCCUGCGACUAAAAAAAUGGUUUCAAUAGUUUAUAGACCCAGGUUUUGAAUUGUUUUGGGCAAAUUGGAACUAUUUGUUGCUGAUUGAGAUCGCUGCGGGAUUUCUGGGAGGUUGUUCUGGAGACGUAACGAAAAGACGUGAUUUGUAGAAUGUUUCAAGAAAGUCCAUGAGUUGACAUGAAGGAUUCGGAGGCAUACCCGGCGAGACGUACUGUAUACGUCUUCAGAAGUGUGUUCGUGCUGCUUCUUUCUCAAUGAGCUGGAAGCUCGUGCUUCACCGGUCACAUGCAGUUCCUAUAGAGACAGCGCUAUGUGUCUGGGUGUGGGCAGUGGGAGCUGGGGUGUCUGAAACACAAAUCACCUCCAGCUGUCACUGUGUUCCACUGUGUCUCGCUCACACACACACACACACACACACACACACACACACACACACACACACACACACACACACACACACACUGCCAACAGGGAAGCUUGCCUUUUGUUUGUAAUGAUGCAGAUUUAAGAAGCACAUUCACUUCAGAACGUGAUCAAAGUAUAUUCCACCGUUCAUCCAUCGUGUCUGCUCGUUACAGCCCAGUUCCUAAAGCGUAAUUGUAAUGUAAUAUAGACUCUUAUUAGCAGGUGUUACUUGAAGCUCCCUCACUGGAAACACAGUAUAGCGGAGCUAUUUUCUCCUCAGUGUGCAAUACUUUCCUGAUUCUGGUUGAUGCACUGCCUGAAAUAGGACGUCUUCAUGUGUGGCUUUUAAACGGCAGGUGUUUCUUCUACUCCCACACUAGCUGCUCUACCCUCCCAUGAUGCAUCAUUAGUGAGAAGACCGUUGUUUGAAAUGUCUCCGAAAUUAAAUUAAGAUUGCGUGGGCUUCCACCAGCUGCUCUCAAAUACACCUUCCUGAUUUGAUUUAAGACCACAGAGAGUUCAGGUGAAGCCCAAGAUCUUGCAGGAAGAGAUGCGAUUUAUUUUAGGAACUGCAACAAAACACAUGGGAAGAGUCGGGACAAUGCACUGGACUGGGCAGACAUAAGAAGAGUUUGACAGAUGGAAUGGACUGAAAAGGAUAACUCUCCUUGAAAAAACGCUACAGCAGCCUGGACAGCAUCCAAUCAUAUCUAUUACAUAAUUCACAUUCACACAAAAACAAAGGGAACCUGUAGAUAUGUCUUCACCACGCAUAAUCAACCGGAUAGGCCUCAGCUCAGACCUGAUGAAUAAAACAAAUUCUACAAAUUGAAAGACUUAUUGUUGCGAGAUGAAAUCAUGACAUCACGUCCUGUCUGGCGUCCUCUUUUACUCAAUAUACAGUAGUCUCUCAUUCAGCAUUUCUUUCAUCGGGCCUUCCUGGAAAAAUGAAGCGUUACUGAAUUUACUUUCCGUAAUCAAAGACGAUGCAUACACGUGCUAUAAGAAAUUGAAACAAAGUUUUCAGUGUUAAAACUACAGCUCUGUAAAACACUUUCAAACCUCCGCUGUGUGAAAACCUCCGCAGCGUUCAGUCGUCUCUGUCCUGCUGUUAGACGCGUGGCUACCUGCAGCCCCUUGACUCACGUUAGUCAAGCAGUGACUUUAGAACGCGAUGUUAAAGACACGACGGGUUGUUUGUUAAGGGCAGCUGCUAAAAACAGAAAUAAUCAACAAUCACCAGUCUCAUCUUCAGUUCCAAGGUAGGAUUUUUUAAAUGUAUUGGCUUUGUUACGCUGUCAAAAGGCUUCUGAAUGAGGGUUUCUUUUCUUCCGUCUGGAACAGAACCUGGAGGUUUUGGUGUGACUUCAGCCAGCUGUGCUCUCAGUGUGCCGCUGGUGACAGCUGAUGAGCAUGGUGACAUGCCCAUGUGACCUUUUAAACACUGUCAGUAGCCGAACCGAGACACACCGUCACCUUAUUUUACUGUACAGAAAAAACACAAAUGUUCCAAAUAUAAAUGUGUUUUUUUUCUUUUCAACUAUAGAAUUAUGUAUAUUUUCUUAUUCCUUUACUAGUUUUACUGUUUCAAGUCAGUGUGUGUGUGUGUGUGUGUGUGUGUGUGUGUGUGAAUCUGACUCUGACUAUCUUUGUCUGUAGUGGGUGGAAGUUCAGCACUGUCCCUUUGCAAGAACUUGGAAGAACAUUUUGUUUAUAAAAAUCCCAGUUCUAGCGGAGACACACACACACACACACACUUUUACAUUCACAUACAAACACUCUCUCUUACAAUGCAGUACUUCUUUAUUCCCUCUGAGUACUCACAUUACUGUUUUGAUAUGAAUCUCAUGAUCAUUUGUACCCCACUCCUUAAUUGUCUAAUGAUGCUCAAAAUGAUGGCCAAAAGUAUGUGUGUGUGUGUGUGUGUGUGUGUGUGUGUGUGUGUGUGUGUGUGAGGGAAGAGAAGAGGAAAGGAAAUCCGAGUUUAGGGCGUUGUUUGUUAUUGUCGGUGUGUUGAGGAAUCCUACAGGUUUUAGUAUAAUGUUGAUAUGAUGCAUGUCUUCUGCUUCUCCUCCCUGCUAUCGGUUUUCCUCGGCACUGUCUACUGAUUUUCCGUCAAUUCCGAUAGAUCCAGCACCGGGAUCAAUGUUUCUGUUUAGAGCACAUGCACCAAGCAUGUGACCGUGUGUGUGUGUGUGUCUGACAGAGAGCAAGACAGCUCUUCUGCCAACGUACCUUACGUGUCCUUUCUGUGUGUGCGUGCGUGCGUGCGUGCGUGCGUGCGUGCGUGCGUGCGUGCGUGCGUGCGUGUGUGUGUGUGUGUGUGCAGCCAUGCUGCAGUAUAUCAGUGUAGCCUCUCUCUAAUCUCUCCCCUCCAGCAUUACCACUGCUGCUUCUGGACAGCCUCACUCCACACCAUGACCAGGCAACACACACACACACACACACACACAGAUAUAUUUAUACUCGAACAUUAAUGCUGUCAAUGUUCAGAAGAUGGAGAAGUAAUGUUUUCAGGGUUAUUUUAGUUACAUUCCACAAGUCAGGUCAACACUGGUGGUCAUGUCUGUCAUUCAGCAUAUUAUUACGGCUUUUUCUUGUUCUUUUACAGUAAUUGUAUAUCUUAUAUCUGUGUUAAAGUGCAGUUAAAUAAAGUUAGACGUCCUGCUAAUUGUUUCCUAAGAAAUACUUAUCAGGCAUAAUUAUGACAUUAUUAAAUUCAAAUAAAAAGCAAAUCAUUAGUAUACAAGUAGAAUAAAUACAAUAUGUUAACAUGUUCCAGUAUUGUGCUAUUAAUGAUCUUGUGAGUGAGUGUGUUAGUCGUGACCCUGAGCGACCCGGCCGGCUCCAGCCCUGCUGGACGCAGAGCUAAAAAAAAAAAAUGUUUUGGCAUUGAAGCGUCUGGGACUUUUUUAAAGACUCGACAAAUCAGUUGUCACAUGCUCGAACUUACGUAUCAUUGUUUGGGAAGUGGAAAAUGUUGAGAGGAACACUUUAAGAAUAAAUCGUUACAGUGAUUCAGAUUAGAUCAGACUAAAGCAGACAGCUGCUUACGUCAACAAAUAUUUAAAUAGAUAAGAAGUGAAUCGAAAAAUAUGGCAAUGUAUGCAUUUGAGCAUGAAAAGUAAAAGAGUAGAUAUAUUCACAACAUGUAAAGUUGACAUGUUUCUGAAAAAAAUGCAAUUAUUUAAGGUUAUCCAUAAUGUUAUUUUGUUAGGAUGAACACCAUAAUGAGGAAGUAGUAGACAACUGUAAACUGGGUCAAUUGCUCCACUUCUAUAGUAGCAAAACAAGUUAAUAGCACAGGUCCAUGAGGCCUCAAGGCUGACGAGUGAAACCCUCCCACCAGACUCCAAUCACUUUAAUGUCACACCUGACAACUAACAAUAAGAAGAGGAGUGCCUCCAUCAUACCAGAGGUGGAUGGUGUUUAUGGACCAUAUCGUCUUUUCUAAUAAAAACCAACAUAAUUUUAAUACACCGGUCCACUCCCACUAACAUCCGUGAAAAGAGUCCCGAUUCUCUUUCUUAUCAUCCUCUCCUCCUCACCCUCUCUCCCGCCCCUCAUAUUUACUGAAAGGCGACUCCCUCCCUCCCCUCCUCCCUCACUGACACGCGCUCUUAUAUUUGUAUUCCGUACCUCUUGCACUCUGACAUUCCAAACACACUCUCUCCCUUCAAAGACGCCACUUUCUCUACCGGACACCACUCAAUAUCUAUCGAUACCACACACACACACACACACACACUUUGGCUGAUGGUUUUCCAAUGAAGCGUUUCUUUGCGCUGGUGUUUGAGCGACUGGUGUUUGUGUCGAAGAACCUCAAACUGAGUCAGUGCAGGAAACAGAAGAAGAAGAAGAAGCUCAGAACCAGAGACAGCAAGCCAUCGGUGAUCCUGACGGUUUACCUCAAUGACACCCAGCAGAUGCUGACCGAGGUCCCGGUGACUCCGGCUACCAGAGUGAUCGACGUUGUUGAAUACUGCAAAGAAGCCGGGGAGGGGGAGUGUCACCUGGCCGAAGUAUGGAACGGGCAUGAGCGAGUUCUCCCUCAGGAGGUGUUAUUGUUGGACCUUCUCCAGCAGUGGGGAGCCCGGAGGCCGGAGGUCAGCUUCUACCUCCGACACUGCCCCUCCUGGACGCAAGGAAGUCCGCAGCCUUUGGAGCAGAGAUGGACCACAGAAGCAGCAGAGAGUGCUGAUGACAAGGUUCCGCGUGUGGAGCUGACCCUCUCUGAGCUCCAGGAAAUGGCCACAAGACAACAGCAACAAAUAGAGGCUCAGCAACAGAUGUUAAUCGCCAAGGAGCAGAGACUGAGGUACCUUCACCAGGGAGGCAGAUCUAAUCAGGGACAGACGCAGUCUGAAGCUGAGAAGCUGCAGCGGCUGAAGGAGCGAGUGGACACUCAAGAAGCCAAGCUGAAGAAGAUCCGAGCCAUGAGAGGACAAGUCGACUACAGCAAACUGAUCAACGGAAACCUCUCUGCAGAGAUCGACCAUGUUAGCAGCCUGUUUCAUGAGAAGCAGGCGGAGCUGCAGACUGCUGUGGUCCGAGUCGACCAGUUGACCCAGCAGCUGGAGGAUUUGAGGAGGGGUCGCCUUCAGCUGCACCCCGUUGCAAUGGCUCAGGGGCCACACACCGGGUCCCAGGGGGCACCGCCCGCCGGCCAGAAAGGAUCGCCUCUGUCUGGUCCCGCGGCCCUGGAGCUGAGGAAACUCUACCAGGAGCUGCAGGCUCGUAACCGCCACAACGUGGAGCAGAGCAGCAAGCUGGCCCAGAACAAGGAGCUGCUGAACAAGAGGAACGCCCAGGUGACGGUGAUGGAUCAACGCAUCGGAGACCUGAGAGAACGGCUGCAUAAGAAGAGAGCAGAAUUGAGCCGCAUGAACGGAGGAGGCCCGUCCUUGCCUCAGACCACUUCCCACCCAUGUGCUGGAGUUUCGGGCCGAGUGGCGGCCGUCUGCCCCUACAUCCAGGUCCCGGCGGAGGGGAGACAGGAGGCGGGGUACCCCCUGCCAGCUGACCCACCGCCCAAACCCACGCCGCUCAGCCACAUUCGCUCUCUCUCAGAAGAGGACAGGAGUGGCAGCAGGAAGCCUCCCGGCCAAUGGAAAGAGUCAGAUUUAGACAUCGUCCUGUCAGAGCCCACCGAGACGUGGGAGGGCCCUCGGUCCCCUCAGGGGGGCGACAGUAACAACACUAAUGAAGCGUCGUGGCCGAGCAUCAGUAAGAAUGCGACGGAUUGGAGGACCAACAGUCCAGAACAGCUUCCCUCUGGUUAUGGUACGUACCCCAGUGCCAACCACCAGGCGGCCGGGCAUCACUAUGCCACCAGCUCCCUGCCCCGUUCUUCCCCUGGUACGCUGGGCUGGCCCCGAUCCAAUGCCACCUCAUCCUCAUCAUCUUCUGCUUUACAACAAAUACAGCAACGGAUCUCCGUCCCUCCAAGUUCAAUUCAAGGCUCCACCUCCCAGCCAUCUCUCUUGUCGCCGCAAACAGAGCGGACAGAUCCCCCUCCAGCAGUGGCUGUACGUCCCUACGUCCCGGACCACCCCUCCAGACCCCAGUCCCCCAGGAAGGGCCCCGCCACUAUGAACAGCAGCUCCAUCUACAGCAUGUACCUCCAGCAGCCUCAGGCCAAAAACUAUGGCUCUCUCAGCAACAGGACUACUGUCAAAGCAGUCUAUGGUAAACCCAUCCUCCCAACCUCCUCCACCUCUCCGUCCCCUGUCCCGUUCCUCCAGGGGGGAGGAGGAGGAAGAGCAGGAGGAGAGGACCUUACGGAUAAAGAAGGAGGGAAAGGAGGAGGCGGGAACAGCGAUGGGCAAAUCCUCCCACCACCCACUGUGGACAACAUCCCUCGUCCCCUCAGUCCCACUAAGCUCACCCCAGUGGCCCACUCCCAGCUACGCUACCAGAGCGACGCUGACCUGGAGGUUCUCCGCCGUCGCCUCAGCAACGCCCCACGACCCCUGAAGAAACGGAGCUCGAUCACCGAGCCCGAGGGCCCACAGGGGCCAAACAUCCAAAAACUGCUGUACCAGAGGUUCAACACAUUGGCAGGAGGCAUGGAAGGAGGCUCAGGCAAUACUUUCUACCAGCCUGACUGCCUGUUGGGCGAAAUGGACAACAUCCAUUCGGCGAAUGGAAAUGUAGAACCUGGUGACACGCACGUCAGUAUGGGAACCGCGGAGGGCGAGGUUCAGAACCUGAACUCGGGCUCCCGCCGCUUGUCCCCUCCUUCUGUCGCGAUAGAAACGCCCAGAGAGACGACGGCAAAAGCCGAUACUGCCAUUAAUGCGUCUCCACCGGCCCAAACCGGCCCACCCCCUGCACCCGAGAGGCCAGAGGACCAGAACAACAACAACAAGAGAGGAUGUAGUCCUGCACAAAGCUCUGUAGGCCACGCCUCCCCCUCUCCAUCACCUCCGGCCCCCCCUUCUCUGCCUAAGGUGAAGCGAACCAACCUGAAGAAGCCGUCCUCAGAGCGCACAGGCCACGGUCUGAGAGUGAAGUUCAACCCUCUCGCUCUGCUGCUGGACGCGUCGUUGGAGGGAGAGUUUGAUCUGGUGCAGAGGAUUAUAUAUGAGGUGGAAAACCCCAGCAUGCCCAACGAUGAAGGCAUAACUCCUCUUCACAAUGCCGUCUGCGCCGGCCACCACCACAUUGUUAAGUUCCUGCUGGACUUCGGAGUCAAUGUAAAUGCAGCCGACAGUGACGGAUGGACUCCUCUGCACUGCGCAGCUUCAUGUAACAGCGUCCACCUCUGUAAGAUGCUGGUGGAGUCGGGGGCCGCCAUUUUCGCCACGACAAUUAGCGACGUUGAAACCGCGGCGGACAAAUGUGAAGAAAUGGAGGAGGGCUACACACAGUGUUCUCAGUUCCUCUACGGUGUUCAAGAAAAGCUGGGCGUGAUGAACAAAGGCUUGGUCUACACUCUCUGGGACUACACAGCCCAGCAAGCCGACGAGCUGUCCUUCAGCGAGAGCGACGCCCUCACGGUGCUGCGUCGGCGCAACGACACUGAGACAGACUGGUGGUGGGCGCGGCUUAACGACCGCGAGGGAUACAUACCCAGGAACCUGCUGGGGCUGUAUCCAAGGAUCAAACCCAGACAACGCUCACUGGCGUAAAGCCCGGAUCAGGAGCCACGUGCACGCUCGCAGAGGGCGCAUGCACACAGAGCAGAAGAGGAACAGCGGCAUGUGGGCGUAAAGCGUUAGCCCAGAAAGAAAGAACAAAGGAUGGAGCUAGUCAGGAGGCAGACGGAGGGAAACAAAGCUGGAGCUCUCCCCUCUAAUGAAGCAACGUUUUCCUGUUUGUUUGGAUGCGAUGCUGGAACCACAGAGACACUUUAUGCUAGAAUCAUAAUAUAUUUUCACUCAGUUGCUGCAGUAAAAAGAAAUUGCCUGGAUCUUAUUUUUAGCAACAGUAGUUUGGCAACUUCACACGAGUUCAGCCGCAUGAGAGAAGCUGAAUAGAAAAGCAAUGUAAAAAAAAAAAAAGAAGGAGAAAUACAUCGCAGCUUUGUGCUUUACGAGCUCCGAACAUGAAACCAUGAGCUUGGAUUCCACAAGGCUCGAUCUGACUUUCAUCCCCGGUGAUGCCACUUUAUUUUUGUACGGUGUUAAUUCAAAAACACCCCCGAGGGAUCUUCAUGAAGCCGAGCCCAUCGGCGCGCAUAGCAGUGAGCAGCGUGUCGUCGGGACACACUUUCACAAGCCGUGUGGUGAGAAGAUGUAAAUGCAGUAGAGUUCCAGGUGAAAGUAUGUGUGGGACGUGAAGUUGGAGAGAGGAAAGUGAGAGGAGGGAAACAGACAGCGGGACUCUGAAUGGGUGUUAAAGGAAGUCUGGUUUUUUUUCAGGUUGUGUGCAACCCCGAGACUAAGACACAAAAAGGCAGCCUGCUUUUGAUGCAUGGUGGCUCAGGUCCACAUCAACCCACGCGAGCACGAACAGAUGUUGACGAUAUAAUAUCAAGGCAUGGGUAAAGAAGAAGAAAAAAUAAGUUAUUUUGUUUGAACUGACAUCAGAAGAAUAUUUCGAUUCAGAUUUCACAAAAUGAUAAAAAACAAAAAAAAAAGAAGCAUCUGUGAAUAGUUAAGGAUGUCUCAACCGUUUACUACGAGUCUGUAUUUCUGUCGACUCAGCGGCGGUGCAUGCUGUCAUAGCAACAUCUGUUCAACUGCAACACGGUUGCUGCUGGUACUAGAGGAGGGAAAGAAGGAAAACAAGAAAGUGAGAAAUGUGUUUGUGAAAUGAAUUUGUGAAACCAAAGCAGCUACAAC